AUGGCAGAUCUCCCACCUGGUUUUCGGUUCUACCCGACAGAGGAAGAGCUUGUUGCCUUCUAUCUACACAACCAGCUCCAGGGACAAAGACACGACACAAGCAGGGUCAUUCCAGUCAUUGAUAUCAAUGGCAUAGAGCCUUCCAACCUCCCAACACUUGCUGGGGAGCUUUGUCGUGGAGACAAGGAGCAAUGGUUCUUCUUUUCGCCGAGACAAGAGAGAGAGACGAGAGGAGGUAGACCCAGUAGAACCACCGCAAGUGGGUACUGGAAAGCCACUGGCUCUCCUGGCCACGUUUACUCUUCUGAUAACAAAGUCAUUGGGAUGAAGAAAACCAUGGUGUUUUACAAAGGGAAGGCUCCUACUGGAAGGAAAACCAAAUGGAAGAUGCAUGAGUACAAAGCCAUUCAACACUCUCACCAAUCCAACACAACCCCUCCCACGUUGAGGCACGAAUUCAGCUUGUGUCGUGUCUAUGUUAUGUCGGGAAGCUUUCGAUCGUUUGAUAGAAGACCAUUAGACAUGGCAAGAGGUGAGUUGCGAGUUGAUGGGGAUAGAGGUGCUGCUUCAACAAGUGCUCAACAGAAAGCACCAGUGGUGGAUGGAUCAAGUUCUUCUAAUACUUCCCACUCUGGUGGUGCUCAUAUCCAUGAGGCUGGAGCAGGGUCAAGUGGUACAAAUUGGAAUGAAAGUAAUAGGGUUGAGGAACCACUUUGGGAAUGGGAACAACUUAAUUGGGCAUGA